UGUCGAUGCAAGGUGGAGAAGAACGAGAGGAAGGAAGAGGAGGGUAGCUCACGCGGAGCGGACUGACAUUCGAGGCAUUCGGUUUCGGACAUUGGUCCAGGACAGUUGUGCUAGAUGUCAAUAAAGACAUAACAGAUUGGCGCAGUCGACUACAAUGAACCUGCAUCCCCCACCAGUAUUUCUGCCUUCCCCUGGCAAACCGGCCAUUCCCUGGGAGGAGUGGAUACAACUCUUCACGACUUACAUGGAAGCCUGCGGUGGAACGGGAUAUGCAUCUACACGUAAGAAGUGCAUUUUACUGAACUGUCUUGGAGUGGAGGGACAACGGGUAUUCCGUACUUUACCUGCUACGGCAGUUUCCUCGACCGUCGAUGAGACGGAAGACGUGUAUGCUGCCGCGGUGCAGAGCCUACAACGCUUCUACUUGCCAGCCCUAAAUCGAACGGUCGAACGAUACCGGUUUCGUGCAAGAGCGCAACAUCCAGGUGAAUCGAUUGAUGAGUUUAUUACGGCGCUGCGAACCCUUAGUGCAAACUGCAAGUUCGAGGCCAUGGCUGAAGACAUGAUUUGUGACCAGUUGGUGGAAAAGACAUCGAGUCAGGCUGUCAGGGAUCGCCUUCUACUAGAACCCGACCUGACCUUGGACACUGCUCUGGCAAUUGCAAAGCAAGUGGAGCAAGCGCAAACAGAAUCAGCUCUCCUGGCUACUCAGCAACACCACGCUACCGUCUCAGCUGUAGCUCGCCAUGAGAAGAAAACGUCGAAUGCAUGCUAUAGAUGUGGGUCGACGAAGCACUUGGCAAACAGUCCCAGUUGUCCUGCUAGGAACAAAACUUGCCGGUCAUGUAAGAGAAAAGGACACUUUGAGUCAGUGUGCCGACAGAAGUCCUCGGUACAAGCAACCUCGGUCAAGGAGGUGGACGUAGACGUCUAUACAACAUCGACGUCCACCACAAAGCCAAUUUUCUGUGAAAUACAAGCUGCGGGCGUGCCCUUACGUCUCCUGGUCGACACAGGCUCAGCGGUCUCCCUUUUACCUUCUAACGUCUACCAUGAGAAGUUUUCUCAUCGGCCUCUUCACAAGUCAGGAGUCGUACUUAGAGACUACUCUAAAGCAAUCAUCUCCACGGAAGGGAUAUUCUCUGCUACAGUAUGUUUCGGCGACAGGACUGCCACUUGUACAUUUCAUGUGGUGCGCAAAGGAGCUGCCAUUGCUGGCAUGGAUAUGUUGCGCGCCUUGGACAUCGCCAUUGUACCUGCUCAGCAGCUUUGCCGGGAAGUGUCGGCGACACCCGCAGCGCAGGUACCUCCGUGCCUGGCGAAAUACCCUACUCUUUUCUCCGAGGAACUGGGACUGGCGAAGGGUUACAGACACAAAGUAACGAUGAGGACAUCGGUCGAACCAGUACAGCAAAAACUUCGCCGCCUUCCGUUGGAGGUUCGUCAAAAAGUCUCGGAGGAACUGCAGAAGCUGGAGCGGUCGGACAUUAUAGAGCGCAUAGAUGCCUCUGAAUGGGUGUCCCCAAUUGUAGCUGUCUGGAAGAAGCAGGGUGUCGGAGCGAACCGAAAACCGGAACCGAAAACCGAAAACAACCGCUAUUUUGGUGCGAACCGGAACGGAAUCGAAACCGUAUACGUUUUUUUCGCUCAGGAGGGAAACCGAAAAAUAUAUUUAACGGUUUUCGGUCCAAGAAAAAACUUCGCCGGUUUGGACUACGGAUAGGCGAAUGAAACAGUCGUCGUGUGCUCUGAAGUCAUGUCAUGGAUAGUAUACGAGGGUUACGGUUACGGAGGAACGUAUGUAGGUAUACUAUGACCCUUAGGCUCCCUUUGUAAUGGUUUAUUGUUCGCGCACGCACACAGACUUUGAGGUACAUGUGACUCUCUAGCAGUGUGCCGUAGUGUUCGUUUUAAUUUGAUCCCCCCAAACUCUCAUCAACUAAACAGCGACCUAAGGGGGCUGCAUAACGGCUUCUUUAUCGGUAAUGUCGCGCAACGCGUCCCUUGUUUGAGAGCAGCUAAGUUGAAUAGACUUACGUAUACGCGAGGGCAAGCCCGUGCGAAGUGACAACUCUUUUGUGGACAGGACACGAAGAAAAAAAAAAAAAAAAAAAACGGAGCCGUCGUGCGCGUUUGUGAGUGAAGGUGUUCCUCGAUUUGCGUCGUACUCGUGCGGUGGUUCUUGCUGGCUAGACGGUAGCAACAGACAUUCGGAUGGGACCCGAUCGCUCCAACCCAGCAAGAAAGUAC